CCGGCGCCCGCCGCCCGGACCCGGAGCCGCCGGGGCUGCAGGAGGGGUCGGCUCCGCUCGCAGGCCCGCGGCGUCCGCGUCGGGCUCCGGGGCCCCCGCGCCUCGCCGUCCGAGGAGCCGUCCGCGCCGGCGGGGCGAUGCCGGGGGGCCGGGACCUGAGGGUCCGCUCCGGGAACCGGCCGCCGCCCGCGCCCGCCAUGGAGCCGGCGGCCGGCGCCUGGGCCCACAGCCGCGCCGCGCUCCGCCGGCUGGACUUGCUGCUGCGCUGCUCGCGCUGCACUAAUAUUCUGAGGGAGCCUGUGUGUUUAGGAAGAUGUGAGCACAUAUUCUGUAGUAACUGUGUGAGUGACUGCCUGGGAACCGAAUGUCCGGUGUGUAACACCCCCGCCUGGAUCCAGGAUGUGAAGAUCAACAGGCAGCUGGACAGCAUGAUCCAGCUGUGCAGCAAGCUGCGGAGUCUGCUGCAGGAGAAGGAGCUCUCAGGUUUAAAAGAAGAACCAUCCAGGACAAGUUUAUUUAAUCAUGCAGGAAGUAAGAAGAAUUCCAUAAAAAUGUGGUUCAGUCCUCGCAGUAAGAAGGUCAGAUACGUUGUGAGUAAAGUUUCGGUACAAACCCAGCCUCAAGUGACGAAUGAUGAGAAUGCUCCGCAGGCCUCGGCGUAUGAGUAUGUCUCCGUGAGCCCUCCAGCAGACCCCUCUGCCACGGCUAAAAAGGCUUCUACCAGACCUGGGAAAAAACAGAAAAGGAAAACUUUAACGAAGAUCAACCAGUUGUGGAAUUCACAGGCAGACCAAAAAGAUGGUCCCCUGGACUCCAAAGAGAAACUUAAGGAAAAGCAGGUGUCUUUCUCCGUGGAUGCCAGUCCUCCGAGAAGUGGUGGCAUAGACUUAUUAGCAAGCGGCUCUGUGGCAGAAGAGGAAGGUUUUGGAGACUUAGCCGAGGUCUCUCUGCCGCUGGCGGAGCAGAUAGAGUCUCCGGAAAUGGAGAGCAGGGCUGAAGGCCUGGCUCCUGAGCAGGAUCUCCGAGAAGAUGCUCUUCCACCCAGGAGCGGGAAACGCGGGCGUCACAGGAGACCGUCCAGUCCCAGCUCUAAGAGACGCAGGAGCGGCGUUCCCAGCGCCAGUGAGAAUGCUGAUCAGCAGACAGGGCUCUCUGAAAACACCCCCGGGCCUGACUCUCUGCAGCCUUCCAGCAAACGUCAAGCUGGAGCCAGAGGAAGGAGGAAAAUCAGAACGAUAUUGGAUGAAUCCCUGAGCUCCUCACCGGGUACCCCGCCUUCUACCCUGAACAGUACCAAUUAUGGGCGGAUGCUGUCCAGCCCCCCAGCAACGAGACUGCCCCCCGGGAACCCUUCCGCUGGGAAAAGGAAUCAUAAGGGCGAGACUUUGCUCCAUGUUGCUUCCAUUAAGGGCGACAUACCUUCUGUUGCAUACCUCUUACAAAAUGGAAGUGACCCAAAUGUUAAAGACCACGCUGGCUGGACACCAUUGCAUGAAGCCUGCAGUCAUGGGCACCUGGAGGUAGUGGAAUUGUUACUCCAGCACAAGGCGUUGGUGAACACGCCUGGGUAUCAGAACGACUCGCCACUCCACGAUGCAGCCAGGAACGGGCACAUGGACAUAGUCCAGCUGCUACUGUCCCACGGGGCGUCCAGGAACGCUGUUAACAUAUUUGGUCUGCGGCCUGUGGAUUAUGCAGAAGGGGAGACUAUGAAAUCGCUGUUGCUGCCGCCAGAGAAUGAAUCCUCAGCCACUCACCAUUGCUCAGUAGUGCCUGCUGCCCAGCGGAGGGAUGGGCCUCUUGUGCUCAUCGGCAGUGGGCUUUCUUCAGAACAACAGGGCAUGCUCAGUGAGCUGGCAGCCAUUCUUAAGGCUAAGAAAUGUGCCGAGUUUGACAGUACAGUGACUCAUGUCAUUAUUUCUGGUGAUACAGUUCAAAGUACCCUGAAAUGUAUGCUUGGGAUUCUCAAUGGAUGCUGGAUCCUAAAAUUUGAAUGGGUGAAGGCAUGUCUACAAAGCAAACAAUGCGAGCAGGAAGAGAACUACGAGAUUCCUCAAGGACCACAGAGAAGCAGGCUGAACCGCGAACAGCUGUUGCCCAAGCUGUUUGAUGGAUGCUACUUCUACUUUGGGGGCAUCUUCAAACACCACCCCAAGGACAACCUCAUGAAGCUCGUCACUGCGGCUGGCGGCCAGAUCCUCAGGAGAAAGCCCAAGCCCGACAGCGACGUGACUCAGACCAUCAACACGGUCGCCUACCACGCCAAGCCCGACUCUGACCAGCGCUUCUGCACGCAGUACAUCGUCUACGAGGACGUGUCCAGCCACCGCCCCGAGAGGGUCCGCCAGGGCAAAGUGUGGAUGGCGCCCUCCAGCUGGUUCAUAGAUUGUGUGCUCUCCUUUGAGUUGCUCCCUCUUGACUGAGUGCUGAGUGCUCCGCCGCAGGCACGCUUCAGGUAGAAUGCAGGCAGUGUGAGGCCCGGCCAUGUCCCUGCUUUGAUCAUUCUCAUUUUUAUAAAUAGGCAGACCGAUGCACAUUUAAUUCCUUGAAUUAAAAAACAAUCUUAUGCCAGAUUAGGAAAUUAUUCUGUGUUUACCAUCUAGAUGCUGAGAUUGCAUUGAAGGAUUAUCUUUUUAAACCUGAUACGUGUUUUGAUUCAUCAUGUCUUUGUACUCAAAUUGUUAGCUAUCAAAGAUUAAUGAAAGGGUAUUAGAACUAUUAGUUGAUAUAACAGGUGGUGUCAGGAAUGUCUCAUUCUUUUAAUGUUUUUUUUUGAUGAAAUAAUCUAUGCCUGCCUCCAGCAGGAAUUGUCAUUCUUUAGUAAACAAAACAAAAUAUUGUCAGAUAAUCUAUUGUUAUGAAAAUGCAGUACCUCGUAGGUGUUAACUUCUCCUCUCUUCAUUUGUAUUCAUUUUGCAUUGUUUCUUAUAACUUAGUUUCUUAUAAGUUUCUUGGAUGUCUGGAGCUACAUUUUUAUCCCUUAUUUUUAUCUUGCUUCUCUAUCAGGAAAUCAUGUUUUGAACCUUAGUGUUAACUGUUCCUUGGUGAUGAAAGUCAGCAUUGGCUCUUGGCACAUAUUUUUAUUGUAUGCACUUGCUUAUUGUUGCUGCUAUAUUUAUCUCCAUGAAUACAUAAGUCAAGCAUUUUCUCCAACAUAUUUUAGUAUCAGUAUCUCUUACAAUGUCUCACCAGACUAGCAAAUUGUCAUUCAAAUGGUAGAUCUUGCUACCUAUUACUAAAAUAAUUUUUAAAGGUCUUAAUUUCUUCCUUCAUAAGGUUUUUUGUUACUGUUGUUCCUCCUUUACUCCUUUCCUUUCUCCUUUCCUCUCCCCUCCCCCCUUUCUUUCUUUCCUUCCUUCCUUCCUUCCUCCUUUUCCUAUGAUGACUACUACUAUUACUUUUUAAAUUUUCAGGUUGCUGUGGAGGCAGAAGUUGUGGAUUACUUUAUUUAGAACAGAUUUUAUCCAGAUAGCACAAAAGGCCAUAACAAUAAGUCUAGAGGUAGGAGUGGAAAGAAUUUACUCAUAAUAGUAAAAUAGUCAAGGCUGCGGAGGAAUGGGCAGGAGGCCACUUGAGAAUGGGGAGACCUGGGGGGUUACUCCGGUCUGAGUGUUCUCGUUAGUGGAUCUGCAAGGUACAUUAGGUCAUUUAAAGUCUUCCUAGAAAUGAAGUGUUCUUAAAACUCUAAGGACAUGGAAGGAAGAUACUGUGACACCUGUCAGCUUGGUCACUCCUGGGCCAAAGGGACAGUUGGAUGACCCUGGACUGGAAUACUGAGAGCCUGAAGUUAGUGGGCAUUUUAAGAUCCUUUAUUUUAAAGUUGAAGAGUCUACUGAUUAUUCCAAAUAAAUUUUACUUUAGUUUCUUCUGAGACAUGUUACUUUUCGAUAUCAAGAAAUAUAUUAUGUGAAUACAGUCAUGUACUGCUAACCCUGACCUUCAGGGAUCAGUGAGCUCUGAACCUCCAACCGGUGAGGUGUCUGUCCUGCAUCUCAUUCUUAUGGAGAGUGAUGAGCACCAGCACCACACAGAGCUGAGGGUUACAUAAUGUCUGGAUGGGAGAAUUUAAGAUGCUUUGGGCUUUGGGUUGUCAUUUUUGAUUUAUAACUGACAUUUCAUCAUUUUCUAUUAGCUCAUUGGUCGCAUUCCUGGACAGGUGUGUGUCUGCUCCUCUGAUCUGAAUCCCUGUUUGUAAAAACCCCUUUGGGGAUGCUGCUCACUUUCCUUCAUUCCUUUUCUUGGUCUGUCCUUUUCUCUCUCUCUCUCGUAUUUCCCCUCCCACUGUUCAGCAGUUUUAAUUUUGCUUUCUUUAAAUACUUAUUUUGAUAGUAGUGGAUUGAUGUCAGACUCUUGAAACUUGUACUUUCUGCAUAGAUAUAUUUGUAAUUUUUAUUUCUAAUCAUAGAUUCAAGCAUUCUUUUAUUUACCUUAAAUUAUUAAAGUUAUUUGUGUUUCUGUAUCUUCUUAGAGGUGGUUCAUUCUGCUCCUAGAGAAUGAGACUCAGUAAGACUUGUGAGGAAAUCUUUCAACUAAUAAAUACUUGUCUUUUGCAACA